AUGGACGACGAAACGUUUGGUAGGGUCUUCUGCACUCUCUGUUCCACCACCUUCAAUAUCGCUCGUGUCCGGACGUUGGACGAGGCGGAGGACGCUUCGUGGCCAACAUACGGGCCAGGAGCAAACUCGUGGCCAACUGGGGAACCCCAGCUAUGGCCAUGCUCGACAAAGAAUACGGGAUGUAUGUUCUACGUGGGGCAUCGACUCCUGAACAGCGAGUUCUGCCGGGAAGACCAGCCGCCGGAGAUAUACUGUCAUCACUUCAUUGAAUGGCCGAAAGACGCUCUCCCGGAGAAGGGGGACUGGCUCUCCUUCGAUCCCAACACCAAGCCGGCACCUGGAAGAGUGGCUAUAUAUCUCGAAGACAUUGAGCACGUUGCCGGACCCGGAUGUCGUUUCCCUGGAGCGUUUAGCGGAAAUCAGAUCACAGUGGAAGAGAUGAGAGGAUGCCAGACUGUUCAGUGCCUGGUGCCGAAAGUCGAUGAUUGGGAACCUGCCGUGGAUGACCACGAUUUUGAGAAAGAUAGCAAAUACUUUCUGUCUGGAAUCGCUACCCGCGCAUGCUCACGAGUCGAGGCUAUUUCCGCAAACCCAGUCCGGCAUGAGAUUGACGAGAUUGAAGCCCGGUGCCCUGUGAUUGAUGAGUUCGACGUGGAUUACGACCAUCUACCUUUUCAUCCCUGGUGCUUCGGCACCUGGAUCCAGCUCACAAAGCUCCGGCUAGGCGCUGUAGUGGUUGACGGCCUCGUUGAGUUCUUUCGUGACCUCAAUGCCCAGUCUAUUCAACCUCUUUGCCAUCAUUUUCGUGUGCUUAGCUGUAACACUUAUGCCCAUAAUCCUGGUGAUGAGUACCUUGCUGCAAAUCCUUUCUACGUUCCCCGACUUCGAGACUUUUUAGUAGAAGCUAUGAACGUAUCCUCCUUGUUUACCCCGCAUGACAGCCCCUUCUGCAACUCCGCCAUAUCCUCUACCAGCUCAGACGUAUUCGCAUGCUUAUCAGCUGAUCUGCGAUUACUGAUUCUUCAGCACCUAGCAGCUUCUGAGAUUGCCUCCCUCAGACAAGCAUCGCGGACAUUCUACCACUUGCCGGUCUCCCUCUGGUAUCGUUUACUUCGUGAGGAGAUGCCAUGGCUCUGGGAGCUAUGGACAGACGACGCUCCAUAUUUUUGGGCUACAGUUACGGAAAGGACUUCAGAGAUCACGAGACAAGUGGAUAUCUCUCCUAUCCAUCUAACCGUAGCCCCGUGAGCGUUAGAAUGGUGACAUCCCAUACCCUCGAUGUGCAAGCGCAUCUCGAGCAGUGGACCUAUCCUAAACCUCCAAGAUACCAGACGAAUUGGUUCACUCUCUACCGAAACAUUAAGAGGAACUGGUAUAAACUCAAGGGGCUCCGAAACCGUAAGAGGAUUUGGGAUUAUCAAACACGGUUACUUGAGAUGAUAGAGCUGGUAUGACUGUGCUUCCUCGGGGGGGGUUCGGGUCACGACAACCAGCGGAAGGCGCGGAUAGACGACCUGCUCGCCCUCACGCAGUACAGGAC